UGAUUGCAGCAUUGUACUUUAAUUGGCGUGGUGAGAAGGCAUGAAAUAAACAGCCUGACUGGUUCUCUAUUCACUCUAGCAAUUGUUUCCCAGAUAUUGUGGUUUGUAACAUCUUCCUGUUGGUGAUGUGGUUCUUACGUGGAACUGGCAUAUUUCAGCUUUCUUUCUGUUGUCAUACAGCAGCAGCUUGGAAACUAUUUGGCUUCUUAUUUGAAGACCUGAAAAGUAAGGCAUUUUCAGAUCAAAAGACUCACAGACUGAGGAUACAGCUGAAUUUCUUCCUACAAAACACAGACAGAAGAUACUUUGCCUUCACUGGAUGGCAACAGACCAAGUAAUUUCUGUUUUGACUGUAGAAGAAGAAUUGCGCAAGCAUUAGCCAUCACUGAGGCUAAUGUGCUUGCAUGAAUCCGAGUCUUUUGGAAGUAUGCAGUUUUGCUGCGAAUCCAUAAAUGGUUCCUGCAUAAAGAGCAGCUGGUCAAUUCAUGUUCGGAUCUCCAUGUAUAUCUUCAUGGUGUGUGUGAUCCUUGCUACCAUAGCUGGCAAUCUAACUGUUAUCAUCUCAAUAUCUCACUUCAAGCAGCUUCACACCCCUACUAAUUUCCUCAUCCUCUCCAUGGCCACUGUGGACUUUCUCCUGGGAUGUUUUGUCAUGCCUUACAGUAUGGUGAGAUCAGUUGAGAACUGUUGGUAUUUUGGAGAUUUCUUCUGCAAACUCCACACCAGCAUGGACAUCAUGCUGAGUACAGCUUCCAUCUUCCAUCUAUCAUUUAUCUCUAUUGACCGCUACUAUGCUGUCUGUGAUCCACUGAAAUACAAAUCAAAAAUAAAUACUUGUGUUAUAAUAAUCAUGAUCUCCAUAAGUUGGGCAUUCCCUGCAAUGUUUGGCUUUGGGAUGAUCUUUCUGGAAUUAAACAUGAUAGGAGCAGAAGAGAAAUUCUACAAACUCAUCUAUUGUGUGGGGGGCUGCUUUGUAUUCUUCAAUGAAACUUCAGGGAUAGUAGCCUCCAUGGUUUCUUUUUACAUCCCUGGUUUUGUCAUGUUAUGUGUCUAUGGGAAGAUAUAUGUUAUAGCCCAAAGACAGGCAAGAUCCAUUAGGGAUGCUGUGAGCCAGAUGCAAAUAAGAUUUGAAAUGAGGCAUCAUAUUUCGCCCAGUGGAGAAAGAAAAGCAGCAAAGACUUUAGGUACAGUGAUGGGUGUUUUCCUCAUCUGCUGGUUCCCAUUCUUUUUCUGCACAGCCACUGAUCCCUUUAUGAAUUAUACAACACCCCCUGUUCUCAUUGAUGCAAUGGUUUGGUUUGGCUACUUGAAUUCAACAUUUAACCCAAUUGUUUAUGCAUAUUUUUAUCUGUGGUUCCGAAGGGCUCUGAGGAUGAUUUUAUUUGGGAAAGUUUUUCAGCAGGAUUCAUCAAGAACACAGCUGUACAUGGAGUAAAAAUUGACCUUUCCUUUCUCAGUAUUU